UACACCAAAUUAGAUUUUUCUAUUGGGAACAUGUGACCCCAUGCUAAUACAUGGUGCUCAUGAAUGCUUGUUGUUUCAUCUCGACACAUUCAUGUGGACAAACUACACAAAUUUCUAGUAUAAGAGUGGAAAAAAGCUGCAUGGUAUUUACUGCAGUGUAAUCGAUUGUAAACCAUCAUCACAAAAACUAGAGGUUUUAUUUACAAUUAGGACUGUACAUUGCACUAUCAAAAGUUAUACGUAAGACAGUCUGGUUGUGUUUCAAAAAAAAAAAGACAGUCUGGUUAACAGAUGUGGAGAUCUCGGUCAAGACUUAAGUGGAAAUAUAUUAUGUCUCACGAAGUGACAUAAUGACAUUAUACUAUCUAAGAAUGCGGUGUUUUAUGAAAUACCAAGUAAGUAUGUGAUAGUCAAAUAUCAUUUUCGCAGAGAUAUAAUACAAAAGGGAAAUGUAGAUAGUGAAAAUAGCUUCUUCUUUUUUUUGUGCGCACAAAGAUGGUGAAGAUAGCUACAAUAAAUAAUUCAGAAGCUUUGUUCACUUAGUUUUUCUUUUUUUGCUAACAAAGAUAUAUUCAGUUAGUUAUUGCCGAUGAUUACCAAAAAGAAAAAGAGAAAUAUUGCUUGUGUACAAAUUGAAAAAAAAAACUAAAAAAAAACAUUAUAGCAGCUUGAAAUCUCAAAAACUGAAAUAACAAAAGGAAUCACUUGAAGUUGAUAAAUACCUAAAAUAUAUAUUUAAAGAAUGUAGUCAUAUAUCAAGAGUCAAAAGCAUUCGGCGCAUGAGAUAGAUAGAUUCAAGGUAGGAAACCUCAAAGAAGUUGGAUAAGAAGUUUGAAUUAGUUUUAAGUUUCUUUUUGUCCGCAUCAUUGAAUUAGUUUUAACUUUAAGUAUACCUAAUAUUCUUACUGAUUUGGCGGUGAGGAUAAUAACCUAUAAACCUUACUAUGAUACCAAUGCGAAUACUAUUGAAUUAUUUGAAUAUUACUAUCAUACUAUCAUUGAAUGGUUUUUAUUAAGUUUAGUUUAAUAUAAGAAUAAAACUAUAUAUAUAGUGGUAGUAUCAACAUAACACUAAGUCACUAACACUAAAUUUUCCUAAACACAUAUGUAACUUGCUUUUAGAAAAAAAUAUUGUUUUUCAAGUUUUCUAUUUAUUUUCAUCACGUGUCUUAGAAACUUCAGAGAUUUGCAAUCUUAACGUGUAUUCAAUUUGCUAUUUAUACAUUUUGCUAUUCAAUUUAUCUAUCAUCAAUAGACAAUAUAUAACGUGUAUCGAUAGUUUGUUAAAUUUUUGUGUGAUUCUCUUAAACAAAAUUGUUAAGCUAGACUUUGAUGUAAACGACAAACGUUUGUUAGAUAAUGGUUCGAGCGGUUAAACUGCUACGUACUUCCAUACAUAACGUAACCAUUGCGUUUGCUUGUUACGAUUGAAAACGUAACGACCAAUAUAUAGUAUUAAAGAAAAACUAUAUGAUUCAAUCAAAAGUCUUGCUCGAAUUAUAAAAUUUCUACUCAUUUUACGGAAAGAUAAUUACGAUAAGUUUUUCUAUAAUAAAAACAGACCGAAUUUCAAAAAUGUAAUGCUGGCCACUCACACACGCCUCAGUAAAAAAAAGAAUAAAAAGCUUACGCCCCGGUCAAACAUUUUUCCCAAUUGCACGUUGACCACCCAAGGGUAUAUCCGUCAUUUCAACUCGUCUUUAUGAAGAAAAAAAGCACGUAGCCAUCAUCUCCUUCGUCUUUAAUCAAACUGCUUCCGAUCACCGGAGAAUUCAAACGGAGAUGCGAUUUCCCGAUCAUUAGCAACCCAGUACUCCUCCAGAGAACAGAUAAUCUCGAAGUACAUCUUGAGUACCAGAGAAGGUUGAAGCUGAGGUUAUACAGUAACCGUAAUCGACGCGACGAAGAUGAAGUGAUCAAGUGAAGAGCUCCGAAGGAAGGUUAUCACCGUUAAGAUGAUGACGGUGACGGCGUUGAAUUUGAUUUUAAUCGUGAUCGUAAUCGGAGGAUCCGUCUCGUCUUCUCCGGAACGUUGUGACGGAGCAUGCGGCGGAUUGAUCCUGCCUUAUCCUUUCGGGUUCUCACACGGCUGUCCUAUCCGAUUCGAUUGUUCCGCGGCGGGGGAAGCGAGGAUCGGAGCUUUCUCCGUCCAGAACGUGACGGGAGAGAGCAUAUUCGUCCGCGUCCCGCACGACUGUUACCGGAGUGUUGAAGCCAUGAAGCCUCUCUUCGGCGAGCGUUACGCGCCGACGUCGGAGAACAGUUUCCUCAUGGAGCAGUGCACGAAUGCAACCGAUGGAUGUUCGAUUAAGCAGAGGUUUCUCGAGACGCAGCUGAAGCUGCAAAGCUGCGAAGUUCAGGGGAACGUGAGCUGUUUCUCUGCGGAUACGAACUCGAGCUCGACCAAGUUUUUCAGCAUGAAGGAUUUGAGGAAGAGCUCGUGCAAGAUGCUGUUUUCGUCUAUAGCUUUUGAGUCUGUUGGUGCGAGUUUGGGUAUAGCGUUGGAGUUUGAGAGGGUUAGGUUAGGUUGGUGGCUAAAGGGAGGUUGUGGAGCUGGAAACUCAACUUGUGAGGCUAUUGCUAAUUGUAAGGAGGUUGAUACUCCUGAUGGCAAUGCAGGACACCGGUGCUCGUGUCCCGAGGGUUACCUUGGAGAUGGGUUCAUCGAAUCUCCUUGCAAGAAAGCAUUACCGAACUGCCGUGGUUCAAAGCUAGUCUGGGGACACUGUAGAUCUAGCCUUGCUAUUGUUGUAGGAGGAACUGUCGGUGGAGCAUUUUUGCUAGCUGGGUUGGCUCUUUUAUUCGCUUGUAAGCAGAAACGGUCUGCUUCUUUGAGAAGCCAUUUAAACGCAAAGCGUUUUUUGUCUGAAGCUACUGGCAACUCAAAUGUCGCCUUCUUUCCUUACAAGGAGGUCGAGAAAGCAACAAAUGGUUUCUCUGAAAAGCAGAGGCUAGGAACAGGCGCAUAUGGUACAGUCUAUAAGGGGAAGCUCCAAAAUGAUGAAUGGGUUGCAAUCAAAAGACUCAGACACAGAGAUUCAGAGAGUGUCGACCAGGUCAUGAACGAGAUCAAGCUUCUUUCCUCGGUAAGCCACCCGAAUCUUGUCCGUCUCUUAGGAUGCUGUAUAGACCAAGGCGACCCGGUUCUCGUUUAUGAGUUCAUGCCAAAUGGAACUUUAUCAGAACAUCUACAGAGAGAGAUAGGGAACGGUCUUCCAUGGACGGUGCGUCUCACUGUUGCCACCCAAACAGCUAAAGCAAUCGCGUAUCUCCACUCUGCAAUGAACCCACCAAUCUAUCACCGUGACAUCAAGUCCACCAACAUCCUUCUCGACUAUGAUUACAACUCCAAAGUUGCAGACUUCGGACUCUCUAGGCUCGGAAUGACUGAAACGUCCCACAUCUCAACGGCUCCUCAAGGGACACCUGGCUAUCUCGACCCGCAGUACCAUCAAUGCUUCCAUCUCUCUGAUAAGAGCGACGUCUACAGCUUCGGAGUGGUUCUUGCUGAGAUUAUAACAGGGUUGAAAGCUGUUGACUUCACUCGCCCGCAUACUCAAAUCAACUUAGCUGCUCUUGCUGUUGACAAAAUCGGAUCAGGCUGUCUUGACGAGAUUAUAGACCCGAUUCUCGACGUGAGUCUAGACGCAUGGACGCUCUCGUCAAUGCACACCGUGGCUGAGCUUGCUUUCCGGUGCUUAUCCUUCCACAGUGACAUGAGACCGACGAUGACUGAAGUAGCCGACGAGCUUGAACAGAUACGGCUCGGCGGUUGGAUUCCAAACAUGAGCCUGGAUUCACCGACCGGAAGUGAAAGAUCAGCAUCAGUUAAAAAAGCAUCAGCAGGAAGCAGAAGACUCGUUGUCCCUCCCAAGCAACCGGAUAUACUCGCUUUUGUCGAAGAGAAGGACGAUUGCUCACCAGUCUCGGUUCAAGAUCCUUGGCUAAGUGCACAGAGCUCACCUUCUACAAACACAUUGCUUGGUAACAUUCCCAGAUGAUAAUGAUCUCAACGCACUUUUUACCACUUGAUAAUGAUCUUUGUGUAGCCUAGCUUGUCACAUCAUUCAGUGUUCAUAAUGAUAAGUAAAGAGGAGAUUACGGUGGAGAAUACAGUUUUAUACAUAAGUAAACGAUCUUGAAACAAGAUCUUUCAGUCAGUACCGUAUAAAGUCUCGUAAGAAUGUGAUAAUCUAAGAUUCUAAGGUUAUGUAUAAACAAUUAAAGGUUAUGAAAGAAAAAAGAUUAAAGUUAUAAUGUUAAAA